AUGCAACGUUCACUGGAUACACCAUUCGUAUUGCUUGACCUAAGUACAGUCUACAAGGAAGGAGGGCAUCUGGCGACUCAGCUGAUGUGCCUAAAUUCACUAAGAAAACAUGGCCACCGUAUAUCGUGUGCAGCAAAACCGGAUCAGUAUCAUGCGGCAAAAUGCCUCCAUGUCUACAAGUCUCGAUUAUCUAUUGGGGAUGCGUUGAAACAGAUCGGGCUCGCCCCGGUAGUCACUGACGCUCCCGCGCCAAGCACUAGAGGACAGCACAGUGUGCUGGAACUGUUUCAGUUUCCAGCACUGGAAGCCGUGCUUGUUUCUGAUCAAGUAAAUGAAUGUGAUGUGGAGGAACUAGAUGAGAACGGGAGGCCAGAGGGAACGCGCACUCAUCGCGUCUACCGAGCAGUGAUUACUAACAUCUUUACCUUUGUUUCCUACAAAUGGAGGAGGAACAUACGAAUUGACGUCGAAGAAGUUUGAGCUUAAUAACGUGAUAGACAACUCCGAAUGGAAGAUAACAGUUUUUGGAAGUGCAUUAUCUGAGUUCGCUGUACGAGUGCUGGACAUAGCGAAGAGUUUUGUACUGGUG